CCAAGAUAUGAUUAGAGGGAACAGCGGGCGACACGCCUCUUUUCCAGGUGAAAGACAUUGGGGUCUUUACGCGGCUCUGCUGUAGUUAUAAGAAGUGAAAGUAUCAACUUUGUGUUCACUUUUCCUAUCAAGUAUCUUGAUUUUGUCAGCACUACUGGCAGCCCCGCAAAAUGCACUGACUGAAAGUUACUCUGCGUGAAGUACAACGACGGGGAAUUCAUCUGGUAGUUCUUGCUACGUGUUCGUUUUAAGCAUGUUGUUGGUUUGUUUACGAAGUUCUUUUUUCGAUUGUGUUGAAUACAAAAAAAAAUAAUUAAACCGGCGUGAAAGACGCUAUUCUUAUAAAAUAGAUAUCUUCUCCCCAUACUACCGUGGUCCCCUGAUAGCCGAACAAAUCCUGGCCAUUGCAAAAGAAGUUUGGCAUGGCAACAGAAAAUGCGACAUGGCUUCCCUUUGCCCAAGCGGCAGCUAUAGGGUGGAUGCCGGUGGCGAGGUCUCCUAUGCCAUCUCUGCCAGUGCACCGGAAAGCACCUGAUGGGUUCAUUAUUCUCAAUAUUAGUGGAAGAAGGUUCCAGACUUGGCGUAACACUUUAGAGCGGUUCCCGAAUACUUUACUUGGCUGCACUGAACGCGAUUUUUUUUUCCACGAAGAAACUAACGAGUACUUCUUCGAUCGAGACCCUGAGCUCUUCAGACACAUCCUAAACUUUUAUCGCACUGGCACAUUGCACUACCCGCGGCACGAGUGCGUUUCGGCGUACGACGAAGAGCUGGCCUUCUUCGGGAUCAUGCCGGAGAACAUGGGAGACUGUUGCUAUGAAGAUUACAAGGACCAUAAAUGUGAGAACCUGGAACGGAUACAGGAUGCGGAGGACACGCAGAGAAAAGAGAAUCACGAGAAUCGUGUUCUUGCUGCUAUGACCUUGAAACAGUCCAUGUGGAGAACUUUUGAGAAUCCGCAGACGAGCACUCUCGCUCUGGCCAUUUAUUAUGUCACUGGGUUUUUCAUCGCAGUCUCCGUCAUGGCCAACGUGUUAGAAACGAUACCAUGUGAGACCUCAGCGAAGACGACAGUCUCCUGCGGGAAGCGCUACCAGCUGCAGUUCUUCUGCUUAGAUACUGCCUGUGUGAUGAUUUUCACAAUCGAAUACCUGUUGCGUCUGAUUGCUGCCCCAAACCGAUUCAAGUUUGUUAAAAGUGUGAUGAGUAUUAUAGACGUGGUUGCGAUCAUGCCAUAUUACAUAGGACUCUUCAUGACUGACAAAGGCGAGGUGAGCGGAGCCUUCGUCACUUUGAGGGUGUUCCGAGUGUUUCGCAUUUUCAAGUUCUCCCGUCAUUCUGCAGGCCUGCGUAUCCUGGGCAACACUUUGAAGAGCUGUUUCUCUGAGCUGGGAUUUCUGUUCUUUUCUUUGACGAUGGCUAUCAUUAUUUUUGCAACGGUGAUAUUCUACGCAGAGAAAAGUGUGAAAAAGAGCAAGUUCACCAGCAUCCCAGCAUCCUUCUGGUAUACUAUUGUCACAAUGACCACGCUCGGGUAUGGUGACAUGGUCCCAAAGACCAUCAUGGGAAAAGUUUUUGGGUCGAUCUGUUCGCUGUGUGGGGUGCUGGUCAUUGCUCUGCCUGUGCCUGUCAUUGUCUCCAAUUUCAUCCGCAUCUACCAGCAAAGCCAGCGUUCAGAAAAGCGGCAAGCACAAAAGAAAAACAGGCUGGCUAUGGCUCGACUUGCCAGGAAGAGUGGUGCUAGCAGCUAUUUGCAGUACAAGUACAGUGGGCUCUUGAGGGGCUCCAAGGAAGAGGUAUCUAGGGACGCUGGACAGGCACGUUUUCAGACUGAACAGCACCACCUGCUGUACUGCCUGGAGAGGACCACGAACCAUGAGUUUGCGGAUGAGCAGAGCCAUCAGACGUGCUCCCCGGUGAUGGGGCCCCAGAUCUCUUCAUAUUCUCCUUCCUCUUCGUCACAAAGCUUUUGCCUGAGGAAGAAAAAGAGAUUCAGUGUGCCCAAAGUUCAGGAAUUCAGCCACCUGCAGAAGGGACUUCAAACCAGCCGGCGCUCAAGACUGAACACAGCUGCAGAUGAGUCAGUGUCCCUAAAUAGUGAACAGCACCACCUGCAGGAUCCCUUCAUCAGCUCACCCAGGGUCUCGCAAGAGAGUACUUUUACAGUGUCUGCUGUAUAGCCUGCUGUCAACAUACAAGACCUUGUUGGAGUGGGACAGUGAAAAGGGAGAUCCUUUUGAAAAAACAACAAUGGCUUGAAAACAUUAUUGCCACCAAAAUAAACACAGAUAUGAGACCUUCCAAUUACAGAGCUUGAUGAAGAAACCUAAAGGACAAAUAGUUUACUUUAGAACUAGAUGCUGUUGGAAUGACAACAAUGUAUUCCCCAGACAGCCCCUUACCUCCCCCCAAAUCUAAUCUCCACUCCUCCCACACCCCCAACCUCUACUAUCUCUGGCCCUACCAUGCAAGGCUGGGGCGGUAUCUAAUUUUUCAUAUACAGUAGUCAUACUAUACAUACAUUAAAUUCAAAUUCAAAUAACUUUAUUUGUCCCUGAGGGGCAAUUAUAUACUUUUAUAAGGUAUUUUGAUGCUCUUUUCAAAAGCAAUACGAUUCCAGAAUUUUUAAAUCUUGGUAAGGGAAGUCCCCAUGAUAAAGAUCACCAAACAAAAAUACACUGGUGUACUGAAAAUAUUACCGUAGUAUGGCCUAAGCCUACCCCACACACUCUCCCACCUUUUUAAAGCCCACAUAUGUGUGAUUUGUCUCGGUGUUUUUAGGUUCACCAGAUAUACACUUAUAGCUGUUCUUUUAUGUGCCAACAUUGACUCCAUGAUAAAUUUUGCCAACCAGCUAAUAGAUUGCUACUGGUCGGAUUUGACAAAUACUUUUUGAGUUAUCAUGCUGAGAAGAUUAAGUGUCUGAGGAUGUCAUUUUCUUUGAUACCACUGUGUGGCGCUGCUUCUGUUUUGGAGGCAUUUGUCUCAAAAUUUGAACACUUCCAGAUAUUCACCCACACAAUGUGUUUGCAGGGUUUGAAAAAGAUCUAUGAGAUACUGUUAUUUGUGUAUGUUAUGUUUACAAGAAAAUCUGCCUUCUAUAGCCAUUUCCUUCCUUGACUACCUAGCACUGGUGCUUCUGUUUUGGUUUGUCUCAAAAUGAAAUCAGCUAUAGAUCUUCAUCCAUUUAAUGCUUUUUUGAAGCAGUGAUAAGAGUCAUCAAUUACUUAUUGACAUCACAUGCAUACUGUAAAAUGUCUGCAGUCACCUUUCCCUUUGCUGCCACCAAGUGGCAUUGCUUCAACUUUGAGGUGAUUUGUCUCAAAAUUUUAUCAGAUCUAGUUCUUCACUCCUACUUCUUUCUAAUAUUUUUGAGUUAUCAUGUUAUCAGGAUCAAGUGUCAAAACUGCCCUUUGGCACAGAGACAGAGCAAAAAAUAAAAUAUGUAAACUAUAAUCACCAGGGCAACAGCCCUAAAAAACAAGCCCUCAUUCCAGAGGUCCAGAUCUCAACCCAUACAAUGUGUCUGCAAAGUUUGGAAAAGAUCCAACAAAUAAUUUUUGAGUUAUCAUGAUGACAAUCAAAUGUCUAUGGCUGCCCUUCUCUUUGAUAUCACAAUGUGGCACUGCAUUAAUUCUGUUGGAAUUAACUCUUUUUGACGAUACACUACCCAGAUAAAGCCAUUUGCACAAAUACCAGCGAAAGAAAGUGAUGAGCAAAGCGACAGAACUAUCAGUAGAACAAACCAAAUCCACAUAUAACUCAAAUUUAUCAAGGUUAGGAUGGACCCACAUGUGUCAAAUUAUUUGUCAUUUCUGAAUGUGGAGCAAGAGUAGACAUUAACAUUUUCACAGGUGUUAUUAAUGUAAUAUGAAUGUCUUCAGUCGAUGACUUGGCGUCUCUCAUUGCAGAAUAAAAACUCUUUCACAGCACAUCAGAUAAAUCCUCAA